GUGAUUCACUGAAAAGGGACGUGGCUGAUCCAGGGAACACGGGGACAAGGACUGACCCCCUAACAUGAGUUAGAAAGCGUUUCUAGGCAGGAGUAAUAUUCUCGUAAAAACCACAGGGCACCAGCAUGGCCGAAGCACUCAAUGGGAAGUACGAGCUGGUGUCACAGGACAACCUGGAGGAAUAUCUCAAAGCUUUAAACCUAAAUAUCGCUCUGCGAAAGAUAGUCUUACUUCUGCGGCCAGAGAAGGAGUUCAUAGUGAACGGUAACCAUGUGAUAAUCAAAACCCUCAGCACCUUCCGGAAUUACGUCAUGGAUUUCACCUUGGGUGAAGAAUUUGAAGAGAACCUUGCGGUCAUAGACCAAAGAACAUGCAUGACAACUGUGACGUGGGAUGGCAACAAGCUGGUGUGUGUACAGAAGGGUGACGUGCCAAACCGCGGCUGGAAGCAGUGGAUGGAGGGAGAUGUGUUGCACGCGGAGCUGACGGCGAGGGACGCAGUCUGCAAACAAACCUUCCGCAGGGUGUAAUGAAGAAGAUUGUGAACCUGUUAGGUCCGUAGGGAUAUGUUUGUUUUCUGCGCUCUUCACGUUAUUGCUGUCAUGUGAUUAUCUAUAACUGAGAAGGCGUCUGCGCGCGGUGGCUGUGCUCAUGAUGAUCUCAAGACUGUGGACUUCCAGAUGUUGCAAAACUACAACUCCCAGCAUGCCCGGACAGCCAACGGCUGUCCGGGCAUGCUUGGAGUUUUAGUUUUGCAACAGCUGGAGGUCCGCAGUUUGGAAACCACUGAUCUAGCGGAAUAGUGGGUGAACAUGAUGCCUUAACAAUCCAUCGUUGCAGAACUACAAUACCUUCAUAGAUUGUACACACCCCACCGUCAAAGCUAAAGCGGAUGUUAUGCUUAUUUCCUCCAAAUAAAG